CAUUCAUUUCUUUUUCUUUUUGCAUUGCACCGCGUGUAUUUGCUACGCAAGGCAAUCGCAAUUAAAUUUAAUUUUUAUUGUGAAAAGAACAACAUUUUCACUCCAAAAUGAGUUUGUACAAUUUUAAAAAGAUUAUGGUGGUUCCGCCAGCAAAGGACUUCAUCGAUAUUAUGUUGUCCAAGACACAACGUAAAACACCAACAGUUGUGCACAAGGGUUACAAGAUUUCACGCAUUCGUGCUUUCUACACACGUAAAGUUAAGUAUACACAACAGAACUUCCAUGACCGUCUGUCCCAGAUCAUACAGGAUUUCCCAAAACUAGAUGAUGUUCAUCCCUUCUAUGCUGAUUUGAUGAAUGUGCUGUACGACAAAGAUCAUUACAAAUUGGCAUUGGGUCAACUUAACACUGCUAGACAUCUAAUUGACAAUGUCGCUAAAGAUUAUGUGCGCUUAUUGAAAUAUGGUGACUCGCUUUAUCGUUGUAAGCAGCUCAAAAAGGCGGCGCUUGGUCGCAUGGCCACUAUUUUGAAGAAGCAAGCCUCUAAUCUAACAUAUUUGGAACAAGUGCGUCAACAUUUGUCCCGUUUGCCCACUAUUGAUCCAUACUCGCGUACGAUUAUCAUUUGCGGUUUCCCAAAUGUUGGCAAAUCAUCGUUUAUCAAUAAAAUUACACGCGCUGAUGUGGAAGUUCAACCUUACGCAUUCACCACCAAGUCACUUUAUGUGGGACACACUGACUACAAGUAUUUGCGUUGGCAGGUGAUUGACACACCCGGUAUCUUAGAUCACCCAUUGGAGGAACGUAAUGUUAUUGAAAUGCAGGCCAUCACUGCUUUAGCUCAUUUACGUUCUUGUGUACUCUAUUUCAUGGAUAUAUCCGAGCAGUGCGGACAUUCACUGGAAGAACAAAUCAAACUGUUUGAGAGCAUUAAACCACUCUUCACCAACAAACCGUUGAUUUUGGCUAUUAAUAAAAUCGAUAUACUCGGCCUUGAAGAUUUAUCUGAAGAUCGUCGUGCUAUAAUUAGCAAAUUGCAAGAAGAUAAAAGUGUGCCUGUGAUGUUCACAUCGACUGUCAGUGAGGAGGGUGUUAUGGAAGUGAAAACGGAAGCGUGUGAACGUUUACUCUCAUUCCGCGUUGAACAGAAAAUGCGUACAAAGAAGGUGGAUAAUAUAUUGAAUCGUCUACAUGUGGCAAUGCCAGCCGCGCGUGAUGAGAAACAACGUGCACCAUGCAUACCCGAGCAAGCGUUGGCGCGUCUAGAGAAGAAUGCUGAAAGGGCCGAACGCAAACGUAAAUUGGAGCGUGAUAUUGAAGAAGAGAUGGGUGAUGACUACACUUUGGAUCUCCAAAAGAACUACACCGAAAUACCCGAAGAGGAACGUUACGAUGUCAUACCCGAAAUUUGGGAUGGUCACAAUAUUGCCGAUUAUAUCGAUCCAGAUAUCUUCUCAAAAUUGGAAGAACUCGAACGUGAGGAGGGUAUGCGCGAAGAGGGUGGUGUUUACGCUAAACCUGAUAUGACUAUGGACGAAACACUAAAGGAAAUACGCGAAAUGGCAAAGCAAAUUCGUGGCAAGCGCUACCAGCUGCGCGACGAACGUCGUUUGGCAACGAAAAAGAACAAGCCCGCAAUACCGCGUCACAAGCAGCCCAAGGUGCGUGAUCGUUCGGUGGCUAAGUUGCGUGAGACUAUGCAAAAUCUGGGUGUCGAUAUGUCUGGCACUGAAAAUGCCAAUUUCACCAAAUCGGUUGUGGAUCUGCGACGCGGUGUUGUGGCCGUAGGCACGAAGGAGCUCAAGAAACCAUUAUUAGACAAGGAAUCAUCGGCAAUAGUGAAGCACACGGGUAAACCGCUGAAACGUGCACCAGCCCGCGACACAUUGGGCGUUAAGAAUGUGGCGAUGAAGAAGAAGGCACAACUGAUGGCGAAACGCGAUAUUGCAAAGAAGGUGACACGACUGGGAUUGAAGGGCGAAGCCGAUCGUUUCAUCGGUACCAAAAUGCCCAAGCAUUUGUACUCCGGCAAGCGUGGUACGGGUAAAACAGACAGACGUUAAGUGCCUAGCGAAGUUGCAGGAAGCGCUGUGUGUACUAACGUUGGGGCUGUUGUUGGGUGGGCAAAAUAUAACCAUAAGCUUUUAUUUUUCAAUUGUAACAAACUCAAGAAAUGUAACG